UCUAGAGGCAGAUCCCUACAGCUCAUGAUGACACCUCUAAACAAUCAGGAAUGAUGCUUUCGGAAAACAGAGCAAAUUAUUGGCAUUUUGAAAAAGUUACUCAGAGGAUGCUGCCAGUCAUAUAAAGGAUCCUCUGCUUCACAUUAUGAAAGAAAGACGUGAAUUACAAACCUGAAUUCAACCUGGAAUUUCCAAACAGAUGAUCUUGUGACAGCCUUUGCAAGAGUCCAGUUAUCAGGCAAAAGGACCAUCGAGACAACUGGAAAUUCAAUACCAGCCAACUCUAAAGAGGAAAGUUUGUGCUUUUGAAAUAUAUUCCUGCAACAAAGGAUUUGAGAGAGGAGAUAUAUCAGUAAAAAAAGGGAUCCCACACAAACCCAGCUGUGCCUCCUCAGAUCUGUACAACACUGAUUCAGACUAUCCAAAAAUUUCAAGUGUUCCAGCUGUCACAGAAAAGAACUGGGGCCAGCUGAAUGUCAGGAUGCAAGUAGUUACUAUUAUAUUACUACUUCUUCUUUGUAAUGCAUCUGACUGUAGGAGGACAAGGAAUAGGAGUUUGAGAAACAAUGAAAGGGAAAACAUCUUAAGGAGAGCAUCUAGCACUGUUAAGCGCAAUGCCCAAGGCCUAACAUGUGAUAUUUACACUUAUCUUCAUGAGAAAUACUUAGACUGUCAGGAAAGAAAAUUGGUUUUUGUGGCACCUGAUUGGCCAGAGGAUUUAAAACACAUGCUGCUAGCAAGAAACAGAAUUCGUAAAUUAAAGAAUAAUAUGUUUUCUAAGUAUAAAGUACUGAAAAGUCUGGAUUUACAACAGAAUGACAUAUCAAAAAUUGAGAGCGAGGCUUUUUAUGGUUUGGAUAAACUUACCACGCUCUUACUUCAGCAUAACCAAAUUAAGACUUUAUCUGAGGAGAUUUUUAUUUAUACGCCCAGUCUAAACUACCUUCGUCUCUAUGACAAUCCCUGGCAUUGCAGCUGUGAACUAGAAACUCUUGUUACAAUGCUACAGGUUCCAACAAACAGGAAUUUGGGAAAUUAUGCCAAAUGUGUGCACCCAGUAGAACUGAAAAAUCAGAAGUUAAAGCAGAUAAAAGCUGAUCAGCUAUGUAGUGAAGAGGACAGGCAGGAUCCCAAAAACAUAAAACGGGAGAAGCCUGAACCUGCCAAACCAGAAUUUGAUUCCUCUUUGUGCCACAUGUAUGUGUUUCCUGUGACAACUCUGAACUGCAGAAGAAAAGAUUUAAAGAAAGUUCCAGGUAACAUACCUCCAGAUAUAGCUAAACUUGAUUUGUCCAACAACAAAAUUAGACAGCUACGACCCAAGGAGUUUGAAGAUGUCAGUGAACUGAAGAUAUUAAAUCUAAACAGUAAUGGAAUAGCAUACAUUGAUCCUGCUGCUUUUUCAGGCCUCAAUAACUUAGAGGAGCUGGAUCUAUCAAACAACAGCUUGCAGAAUUUUGAAUAUGGAGUACUGGAAGAUCUUUACUUUCUGAAAAUACUGUGGCUGAGGGAGAAUCCUUGGAGAUGUGAUUACAACAUACAUUAUCUUUUCUACUGGCUGAAGCAUCACUACAACGUUCACUACAAUGGCCUAGAAUGCAAGAUGCCUGAGGAAUACAAAGGAUGGUCUGUUGGAAAAUAUGUUCGAAGUUAUUAUGAGGAAUGCCCAAAAGACAAGCUUCCUGUUUAUCCAGAAACUUUUGAUCUGGACAAAGAUGAUGAGGAAUGGGAACGACACAAAGAGCAAACAGUUCAGACAGUAAAGAAGCAUGGUGUAAUUGUCACUGUGAUAGGCUAAUAAGGGAACCAUUUCCCUCAGUAGGUUUAAAUAUCUGAUACUUUGAGAAAGAAAAACAAAAAAGCUGUUUACAUUUGUUCUAAUUAUUCUGUUGGUUUGUAGGACUAUCUGUCUACAAAGAUGUCUGUAUUUUGCUAAUAAUAACUACAGAAUGACAUUAGUUCAACAGCAUCCUUCACCUAGUAAUUGUUUUUGACAAUUUGUUCUGGACACUCUUGCUAAAUACUUUGGCCAAUAUUUGAAACUAUACAGAAAAAAUCGAUAGACACAAAUGUACAUAAUAUGGAGGAAAGAAGCUGUUGUAUGUAUGAACACCGUUUAUGUUCACACAGAAAUUACUGCAGGAUUGUGACCAAGAUCCAUUUUCCUUGAAUGUAUUGACAGUUCUUUGUAUCUAUCAGUUUCCUGAAAUAUUCCCAGAAAACGUUUCUAAGAUUUUUAUAUCGACUUCCUGUUUUUUUAUUGUAGACCAAAAAAACCAAACUUAAUAUUAACCUUAAAUACAAUUCUAGAAAAAGAGGAA